AUGUGGUAAGCUCUGGCCUCUUUCACUUGCGUAAAGACGCAGCCGCAGCUGCAGCUUCGACGAGGCUGCUUCUUCUCUUCUUUCUCUACUGCCAUGUCGGAGAGCACCAACGCAGCAGAAGGAUGCCUCCAGGUUGCAAUCCAAUCCUUCGUCAUGAUCAUCGUCUCGGAAAUUGGAGACAAAACCUUCUUCAUUGCUGCUAUUCUCGCCAUGCGCCAUCCACGGCUCGUCGUUUUCGCAGGUGCAUUUGGCUCCCUCGUCGUCAUGUCCAUCCUCUCCGCCGCAAUGGGCCACGUCUUACCCCAUCUAAUCCCAAAACGCUGGACACAAAUAGCCGCAGGCGUGCUGUUUCUAGUAUUCGGCACCAAAAUGUUUAUGGAAGCGAGGAGAAUGAAAUCGGGAGGCGAGAAGGUCAGUGAAGAGAUGCGGGAAGCUGAGGAGGAGAUUGAGGACGAUGAGGCUGCUCAUGAUGGGACGGGCACGACGCUUGCAGAUGGACAUGUAAUACCUUUGGAGGAGAUGGAGGCUGGCGGCAGGGUGGCCUCCACGUCACGGCCGCCAAAACGGUCGGCACUGGUCGAGGGAGCCCGGAAUUUCUGCAGUUUCUUUCUCGGCCCUGUGUUCGUACAGGCGUUUGCCCUGACAUUCCUUGGCGAAUGGGGAGAUCGCAGUCAAAUUGCGACGAUUGCAUUGGGCGCAGCACAUAAUGUAUGGCUUGUUGCUUUGGGAACUGUUAUCGGUCACUCUUGCUGCACCGCUCUCGCUGUUGUUGGUGGUCGAUACGUAUCGAAUAAAUUAUCUGUGAAGCACAUUACGCUCGGCGGGGCGUGUCUGUUCCUACUGUUCGGUGUCAUUUACCUAUAUGAAUCCUUAUUUAUGCCUACAGAUACACUGUUGCAUUCUGAGCAAUAGAAUGCAUGUAUUAUAUUUGACGCGGUGAUUUGUGGGUUAGCUCUCGACAAAUAACGUCAAGGUUAUUGGCAGUACGCGUUUCAACUGGGAAACAUUUCUUCUACGAGUCUGUCGUGAUAAGUCUCUUUCCACGAUAAUUGGUUGGGAUAUGGAGGAGACUACUACUAUCAUGAGGCGUACAUUUUUGG